AAGGCAAACAAAAGCCCACUCUGGAAAACCGGCUCUAGUAAACAAACCCGCCUCUCUUCCCAAGCCCACCCCCUCUCUUACCACCAACAAACCAUGUCCUCCACACCUCCACCCCAAACAAUUCCCCUCCCCCAGACCUUCCACCACACAACCACCACCCACACCCACACCAUUCACUACACCACACUAGGCGACCCCUCCCACCCUCCCCUCAUCUUCAUCCACGGCACCCCGUGGUCCUCCUUCGUCUGGCACGACUACGCCCUCACCCUCGCCCGCACCUUCCACGUCCACCUCUUCGACAACCCAGGCUUCGGCCACAGUCCGCUCGGCACACCUCUCCCAUCCCGCCACCACAACCCUGAAACCACCAAAGCCAUCGCCCUCGACGCCGACCUAUCCGACCAAACCGCCGUCUUCGCCGCGCUGUACACCCACUGGUCCCAAGCCUGGCCGCCCAGCUACGCAAAACGCGCACAUGUGAUCGCCCACGAUCACGGGGGCCUGAUGAGCCUGCGCGCACAUCUGCUGCAUGGGAUCGAAUAUGCGAGUCUGUGUUUGAUCAACGUGGUGGCGUUGGGGCCGUUCGGGCAGCCGCUCUUUAAACUGGUGGCCGAGAAUGAGACAGUGUUUGAGGCGUUGACGGGGCCGGUGUUCGAGGGGGUUGUCGAGGCGUAUAUUCGGGAUGCGGCGUUUACUGAGCUGAGUAAAGAGAUGAUGGGGAUGUUGAAGGAGCCGUGGGUGCGGAGGGGGGAGGAAGGGAGGAAAGGGUUUGUGAGGCAGAUGGUGCAGGCAAAUUCGCGGAGUACGGAGGAGGUGGAGGGGCGGUAUGGUGAGGUUGGGGCCAAGAUGCCUGUGUUGGUGGUUUGGGGGGUGGAGGAUCGGUGGAUUCCUGCGGAGACGGCGGGGAGGUUGAAGGACAGUUUGAAUGCCAGGGAGGUGGUCUUGAUUGAGGGGGCGGGCCAUUUGGUGAUGUAUGAUCAGCCGGGGAGGUUGGGGGUUGAGUUGGGGUUGUGGUUGAAUUCGGUGCAGGGGUGAUGCUCCUUUUCUUGAAGCUUCUGGAACCGGACUGAGUGGAUUGAUCAUUGUCUUAGAGAGUGCAUAUGCGCCGUUGCAUUCCAUUGUUCAUGUAAGGUGCUACCAUCUAGACGAACG